AUGCGGCUCAGCAUCUUCAUCGUCUACACUCUUCUGCUUGGCCUGCCGGCUUAUGCCCAGCCCCGUCCGCCGCCGGGUCUAGCAACGUUGGAGCACGCGUUGCAGCACGACGCGGCAGAGGAGUUGCCUCGCCUGGACUUGAGCGGCGUCGAGAAUUGGCUGGUCGAUCCGCUGCAACAAGGCGACGAGUCAAAUGGACAUGCGGCGCUCGACCAUGCCGGGCAGGCUCCAGACGGUCCGCACACAAGUUAUGCAACGCACAGCGACCCUGUCAUGGCCUCGAGCUCUCAGCCUGCAGCCGAUCGCCCAUAUCACACGGGUCAAGGGAUGGUGCCGUACGCUCCAGCCGCAUUCGAAGGUAGCUCUUGGAGCGUCCAGCCGGCACGCGAUCCAGGUGCAUCGGGCCACGAGCUGGCCGAGGGCCACGGCGGCACGAGCAGUGCGACUGGUUCAGCCCAGCCGGCCGAGGCAGAUGAUGGCAUCGCGUACCCCUUCACAAAGGCGCAGGUGCAUCGCGACUUUGACCUGGCCGGUCCGUCCAGUCGAAUCUUUCGAACGCAGCUCGCCACACCGCUGCAGAGGACCGUCUUCCUGGAACGGUACAAGGAGCGACUCCGCCCCGCCCUCGAGGCAUUCCCGGCGUACCGUUCCGUCGUCGACAACCUCCGCUUCGCCGCCGUGAUGCCCGUCGCCGUGCGACGCCGGCUCUUCGGGCGCGUGCGCGAGUCGUACAUGCUCUACGGCCACUACCACAUCGCCCACCGCCAGCUCGAGAUGCCGUUCGAGAUUGGCGACUACGUCUUCUACGUACUCAUCAAGCGCGCCCGCCCGGCCUCGGAACCCGGCUCGCUCCUGGUGCCCGUCGUCGCAUUCGAGCGCGGCCUGCCCAGUCGGGGCAUGCACCGCCAGUUCUACCUCGGAGAGAUCCAGAUGCCCUCUGGUUUGAUCUCGCUUUUCAAGCUCCUGCCAUGA